AUGAAGCCUGGAAAGAGCGUUGAAACCAGAGAGGAGAUAGUGGAAGUUCACACUGCAGCUCGCUCGCCAUCUCCAAAGCAAAAAACCAAAGAACAUACGCGUAGCAGACCGGGAUCACGUAAACUUUCGAAUGGUCAUGCAAGCCAAGAAGACACCGAAAUCCAUACGGAGGAGACUUCAAAUAAAUCUAAAUCCCGAGAAAACUGGAAUAAAUCAGAGCAGGAAUCGGUGGACACGGAAUUGCCAAUACACGAUCAAAUUAAAAUGGGAAUAUUAGGUUUUGUUGAGAAAGAAAUUAAGAAGUCUGAUAAGAAUCCAUCGUUCGUAUUCUAUUCUCAUGAUCCUAACGGCUUGGAUGAGAAAUUUAUGAAGACGUUAUCCAGACCUUCCAGUGGUCAUAAAGAGAAACGAAGCCCAUCAUACAGAAAGAAAAAACGGCAUUCCUCAAGACACAGAGACAGGGAAUUGCAUGAUUUUGAAAUACCAGGUUCAAGUUUAAUAGCUCUGGAGAAGGUUGAUGAUUAUUUGAAGGAGUACAAUAAAGAUGAAGUUGUUACUCUGAGUGGUGAGUUGGAAAUUGAAGCUAAUGACGUCGAAAAUAACAACGGAACACCUCGAGAAGUGAGGCAUAAGCCUCGUAAAACACGUCGGAAAGCCAGAGAUCAACAUGACAGUAAUGCAAAUGGCCGGGAUGUGAGCCCGAAAGUAUUUAAGAGUGCUGGUCGGUCGAAGAUUGCUGCUAAAACUGCUCGGCCCUCAGAUCUCACUGCGAUGUUAGAAAGCUUAGAAGCUAAUGUACCAUUCAAUGAUCAAUAUAUUGACAAUCCGUUCUCAUCACCUUCACCACUGACAUCACCAAAUGAUGAACGAAGAGAUCCGUUUGGGUCGAGACGACCUGAGAAGAUUUAUCUUCAAGGCGGAGGAACCUUCAGGGCUGUGUCGAGAGAUAGAAUACUUGAGUCCCAACAGUCAAGAGAUGAGGAAAAAUAUUUACAUCUCGGUGAUUUAACACCAUUGGAUGUGGCAAUAACCGUUCAGAAAGCAUGGCGUAAUUUCUCUCCAGCUUGCCACGGGGUACUCGGAGGGAUUUCUCUGAUGCAUUUGCUGUUAAUAAGCUAUUCCGAUAGCUUGGAUGCUGGACAUUUAUCGUUUCAUGCUGUUGUAACGAUGCCUUAUGUAGCUAGCUACUACUUCUUUUGUGUGCUAUGCCUAUUAUCGGUUUUGGAUAGAUUGGACAUAACCAGUAUAGACACAACCCGUGGCCUUCAGCCUUGGUUCCAACCGAUAGUAUUAGUUAUACUAUACACAUCUUGUUUGUUGGUUUGUACGGCGGCCCGGAUGUAUGAUGAGCUCAUGGUGUACCAAUAUACGCCACUAGUUGCAAAUAUCACUGGAAAUGUUACCACUCCAACAAUACCGACAUUCUACCACACAUGGACCCACUUCUCUAUAUGGCGAGCGGUUCUCUCUAUACUGGGCUUGGUCUAUUUUGUUAUAUCAAACCCAGAGGAUUUAGUUCAUACAAAUUUGAGUAAACUACUGCACUUUAAACAUACACUGCAAAGUAUUGGAUGA